UUCACUCCGCGGGUUUCCAGGAAUCUAUCUCCGUCACCGUAUGCUCGCGCUCUGCCACUGUCGCGCGCGGGCACGCGUAAAGUAUAAAACGAGUCUACGUGCGCGCGCGGAUGUGUCUCAAUCGCGCAGGGUUGUCCGCGCGGGGAAGCGUCGUCCUGCAGAUGGACAACAUUAGGACGUCUGUGGAAAAAAUGGAGAAGGAGAAAACGUUAGACCUGAGGAAGAAACACAUCGGGCCGUCCUGUAAGAUCUUCUUCAGCCAUGACCCCAUCAAGAUCGUUCAAGCCAGAGGCCAGUACAUGUACGACGAGAAGGGGCAGCGCUACCUGGACUGCAUCAACAACGUGGCGCACGUGGGCCACUGUCACCCUGACGUGGUGAAGGCUGGAGCUCAGCAGAUGGAGCUCCUCAACACCAACUCGCGCUUCCUCCACGACAACCUGGUGCUCUUCGCCCAGAGGCUGCAGGCCACGCUGCCCGACAGGCUGUCUGUGUGCUACUUGGUCAACUCUGGCUCCGAGGCCAACGACCUCGCCCUGCGGCUGGCGCGCCAGUACACGGGCCACAGGGACGUCAUCACCCUGGAGAAUGCGUACCACGGCCACGUCUCCUCGCUCAUUGAUAUCAGUCCCUACAAGUUCCACCAGCUGUCGGACGCCGAGCGGAACCCAUUUGUCCAUGUGGCGCCGAGCCCAGAUGUGUACAGAGGCAAAUACAGAGCGGACCAUCCGGAUCCUGCUACAGCGUACGCGGACGAGGUCAAAGCUCUGAUAGACGGAGUCCAAGCCGAAGGACGGAAGAUCGCGGCGUUUAUCGCUGAGUCACUGCAGAGCUGCGGUGGGCAGGUCGUUCCCCCCGUCGGCUACUUCCAGCAGGUGGCAGAACACGUGCGUGAGGCCGGGGGCGUUUUCAUCGCUGACGAGGUCCAGGUGGGCUUCGGCCGCGUCGGCACCAACUUCUGGGCCUUCCAGCUUCAGGGAGAGGACUUCGUGCCUGACAUCGUCACCAUGGGGAAGCCCAUAGGCAACGGCCACCCCCUGUCAUGCGUAGUGACCACCAAGGAGGUGGCGGAGGGCUUCGUGUCGUCUGGCAUGGAUUACUUCAACACAUUCGGCGGUAACCCGGUGUCGUGUGCCAUCGGCCUCGCCGUCCUGGACGUGAUCGCGAAGGAGGACCUCCAGGGCAAAGCGCUGUGCGUGGGCCGGCACCUCAGCGCUCUGCUGGAGCAGCUGAAGGAGGAGCACCCGCUGGUCGGAGACGUCAGGGGUUGUGGCCUGUUUGUUGGGGUGGAGCUGGUGAGGGACCGGCUGAUGCUAACUCCUGCUACAGCAGAGGCUCAACACGUCAUAUAUAAGCUAAAGGAAGAGCGCAUCCUUCUAAGUGCUGACGGACCCCAUCGCAACGUGCUGAAGUUUAAGCCCCCGAUGUGCUUCACGAAGGAGGACGCGGACCUGGUGGUGGAGAAAAUCCACCUCAUCCUCACGGAACUAGAGGAAGGUUUAGGCUUGAAGAUGUCAAACAAAGCCAAGAUGGAGAAUGACAGCAUUAAAAGAAAGCGUCCCAGCAGCUCGUUACACAGCAGAGGAAGCAGCCAAGACGUUCAACACGCCAAACACAUCAAGGCCUGAGGCUGCUCGACACCUCAGCACUUACCAUGAGAGGGAAAGUGCCUUUAUAAUGAUGGCACCUAUUGUGUACCACUGACAUCCUGCUCUCAGUGUUCUCUUUUUAAUUACAGAGAACUAAGUCGUCUCAUAGUUUUAUCAUAUUUAACUUUGCCAACUUUAACACCUGAUUGUCAGGUUUAAUAAAACAAACGUAUUCACGUCAAAAUAUGCAA